AGAGCAAUCGCCAUUCGCUGGGGCGGGCCAUUCGCCAUACACUACAAGAAAUAGGUAUUGCUUGUCGCCCUUAGAAAAAAAUGGUGGUAGCUUCUCUCGAACGGAAUAGCAACGGAAGCUCUCGGUUUCACGGAUGCACUAGCAUCCGUGAGUAUGAGUUCCUUGGUAAACUUGGUGAAGGCACGUUCGGUGAAGUCUACAAGGCGCGAUCAAAAAAAGAUGGCUCAACCGUCGCUUUAAAGAAGAUCCUCAUGCAUAAUGAGAAGGACGGGUUUCCUAUCACUGCACUCCGUGAAAUCAAACUGUUGAAAAUGCUAUCCCACAUCAAUAUCCUCCGGCUAAGAGAAAUGGCUGUGGAACGAAGCAAAGGGGAAGGCCGAAAGAAACCGAGCAUGUACAUGGUUACUCCCUAUAUGGAACACGACCUGUCGGGGCUCUUAGAAAACCCAUCUGUGCAAUUUACUGAGCCUCAGAUUAAAUGCUACAUGCUGCAGCUCCUCGAAGGACUCAAGUAUCUCCAUGGGAAUCGAAUAUUGCAUCGUGAUAUGAAAGCUGCCAACCUACUCAUCAGUAACAAAGGUAUUCUUCAGAUUGCCGAUUUCGGGCUAGCUCGACCGUAUGAUGAACAUCCUCCUCAGCCUGGAAAAGGUGGAGGGGAAGCUAAAAGAGACUAUACCACUUUGGUUGUUACACGAUGGUACCGCCCUCCAGAACUCCUUCUUCAACUUCGACGCUAUACAACUGCGAUUGAUAUGUGGGGUGUCGGGUGCGUCUUCGGCGAAAUGUUCAAAGGCAAACCAAUCCUUGCCGGCACUAGUGAUCUCAACCAAGCCCAGCUUAUAUUUAAUCUUGUGGGCACACCUUCUGAAGAAAACAUGCCUGGCUGGAGCUCGCUCCCAGGCUGUGAAGGGGUGAAAAGCUUUGGUAGCAAGCCAGGGAAUCUAUCUGAGGUCUUCAAAGAGCAAGAUCCAGCCGCCGUAUCUUUAUUAGGUGAGCUCUUGAAACUCGAUUGGCGAAAAAGAAUCAAUGCUAUCGACGCGUUGAAACACCCUUACUUCUCUAACCAUCCCCUACCUGCACACCCCGGCGAUCUUCCUCGUUUCGAGGACUCUCAUGAGUUUGAUAGAAGAAGGUUCCGAGGCCAGCGAGCAGUUAUGCCCCCAGCCCCUGCUGGAGGCUCUGUGGGCAUGGGCCCCAAUGGUGGCUGGAGCUCAAAUUCCGGACCCCGAACCGGAGCAGAUUCCAGAAAUAGUCGUAUCCCUGGUGCUGCGCGUUUUGGAAAGCCAAAUUCUCAUGGCGGCCAAGGAAAUGCCCCCCGACGAUCUUUUGAUAAUCGAGGCAAUGAACCACAUCAGAGUCGGGUGAAGCAGGAUGAUUCACAUCGGGCUCUUUCGUCAUGGCACAAGGAAGGAGGUCUGCCGCCAAAGCCUCCUCUGCCCUCUCAUCAGGGAUGGGUGCCAGGCUACCCUGGUCGUGUAGGACGCGACAGGAACCAUUUGGGCCGUUUUGGUGGACGGCCAGACAGCAAUGUGGAUUCUUAUGUUCCGACUUAUAAUGGCAUGGGGGAACAGCCUCGGGAUGCCUAUCUAAACAAUAGGCGAGAUUAUACAAGGGAGAAUCCUUCAAGAAGGCGCAGUCGAAGCCCAAGCUUUAGAGAAGGUUCUCGGCCUGCGGAGAGGGAUCUAUAUCGGAGGUAGAUUGAUAGUCA